GUCUGAGAGUGUGUAUGAGUGUGUGUGUGUGUGUAAAUCACAGGCUUUGCUUUGUUGCUUCAUGUAACAUUUGACUUCAAAGCAGUGCUGAUCAUAUGUUUUAAGUGUAUUUGGCUGAUCAUAAUUAUGAAGAAAGUUCUGUUUUUGUCCCCAAGUUCAACACCAGAGAUAAGAAUCAAAACAGAUUGAAGCUACACAUACUCUGGAAGUUGAAUUGGACCAACUGCUGAGGCUUUAUCUCACCCCAAAUCCACAAAGAGUACCAGAUCUGGAGAAGUUGGUAACUGCCAUAUAGUGAUCGAAAGGAUGGCUGGAGAAGAAUCUGCUUCAGUGAUGGAAGAGAGCAAGGUUGAAGAUAUGGAUACGUCUGAUACACAAUGGAACUGGUUCUAUUUGGGUGAAUGCGGAAAAUGGCACAUAUUUGAGAAAGAUUCAAAUAUUCCUUGUUCUGCAAGUAGUGAAGACAUUGAAAGAAGUUUCAGCAUGAAUCCACAUGGCAAAAUUUCAUUUUCUACCUCAAAAUUCAACUAUGUAUUAGAUUUUAGAGAAAUGAAACAAACCAACACAAACACGGGGAAACAGCGUGCAGUGAAGCGAGCUCCCUUCUGUAUCAAUGCUUUUAGUUUUAUAUGUGGAAACGAGCAAAUCCCCAUACCUCCACAUUGGGAGAAUAUAGACAAAGAUAUACCCUAUCAGCUCAGUACAUUGCUUAAGUCAUCGAACGAACAUCAAGAAGUAGCAAAACUCUUUGGGCAAACAAUGGAUCAAAGUCGAAUCAAACAAGUUCACAGGAUUCAAAACUUAGAUCUGUGGGAAUUCUAUUGCAGGAAAAAAAUACAUUUGAAAAAGAUAAGACAUGCAAUAGACCUGAACGAAAGAAUGCUAUUUCAUGGCACGAGUAGUGAAUUUGUAGAAGCGAUAUGUUUGCAAAAUUUUGACUGGAGAAUAAAUGGUGUACAUGCCACAGUAUAUGGAAAAGGGACCUAUUUUGCACGAGACGCCUUCUACUCCAGUCGAUACUGUCGGUUAGAUGAAAAACAUGGAUCAGCCUUUCAGAGUCUUGGUGUAAUGCUCUCCCCAUCGGCACCAUUUCUGUGCAAGCCUCCACUUAAAUCAAUGUUUCUCGCUCGCGUUCUGGUGGGUGACUAUGUAACCGGGGACCACAAUUAUAUUCGGCCUCCUUCAAAGGACGGAACAUUUGUGAACCUCUACGACAGCUGUGUGGACAAUACCUGGAAUCCAAAGAUUUUUGUAAUAUUCGAUGCCAACCAGAUUUACCCGGAAUACCUCAUCGAAUUCAGUUAAUCACAAAUGAAGCCAGGAAUUCUUUUAAAAAAGAACAGAACAUAAAAAGAUUAUGUUACUACCAUGCAGUGAAAAGAUUCUCAGCAGAAUGAAGAUAGCAUCCCAAGAGCGACUAUGUUCACUACAGUGCUGAAGGCAGGACACGGUGCUGCUGUCUAUUGCUCACAAAGAUCUUUCAAGCAAAUGGAUCUCCUCUUUUGACAACUGGACUUACAACACUCCUUCAGCAAGUGGUCAUGACUUUAAAAAAGGAAGCAAGACCAAACUGACAGUUGCUUGCAUCCCACCUACUCAUAUGAAUUCCUGUGAUAAAUUAGUAGAGGGGCAACUUGAGAGACUUAAGUUAUUACAAAAUUAAAAAAGCUGAUUAGAAAACUUUCCAUGACGUUGCUGGCCAGUAUUUUUUUGUUAGCCGGGUGUUUGACACGUGAAGAAACCCAUCACCGUGCUUAGAAGUACCCAAACCAGACCGAGGGAAUCGUGCUGUUUAUCUAAUUCCCGACAGUAUUAGGCGCAGGUCGGCAGAGCCAAGGGU